UUUAAAGCUCUUCUCGUCUAAGCUUUCACGGAUCCACCUCGGGCAGGCUCGCAUCGGAAUCUUAUCGCCGAUGAUGGAGAAUACUUUGCAGCAACUCCGGCAAUCGGCGAACUUGUUCCUCUCGCAGUAUGAGCCAAUCGCCCUCCUCUCUGUUCCUUUACUUGCGCUUGUAGUUGCCAGAGCUCUUCACUCCCUCCUGAGCGCAAUUCAGGAUAGGGGUAUCAAAGCGGUGGUGAUAGGCUUCAUAAUGAGCUCCGUGACUUUGAUUCCGAGCGUCAGGAGCCGCAUUGAAUCCGAGAAGAAGAAGGCAGUGGAGAAACUACAAUCUAGCAACAAAUCUAACAGGGAUGACUGGAUAACUGCUUUGCCAAGUAUUGGACUAGGGAAGGAAGUUCUGGAGAAGCUAGAAGGGGCAAAAUGUAAAGAUGAAGAUUGGAAAGGCAAAUGCUCUGGGACAAUCUAUAUUGGUGGAAGUCAAAGCGAGGGCCAUUUUUCUUUGACAAAUGAGGCAUACUCAAUGUUUUCGCACACCAAUCCAUUACAUCAGGAUGUAUUUCGAAGUGUGGCGAAGUUUGAAGCUGAAGUUGUCGCUAUGACUGCUGCACUCCUUGGAAGUAAAGAAAAAGAAUCAGGAGGGCAAAUAUGUGGAAACAUGACAUCUGGUGGAACUGAAAGUAUACUUUUAGCUGUUAAAUCAUCAAGAGAUUUUAUGAAAGCUAAAAAGGGAAUUACAAAACCAGAAAUGAUAAUAGCAGAAUCUGCACAUUCGGCAUAUGAUAAGGCUGCACAAUACUUUAAUAUUAAGGUGCGACGUGUUCCUGUUAAUAAAGAAUUUGUUGCAGAUGUUAAAGCUAUCAGGCGAAGCAUUAAUAGGAACACCAUUUUGAUUAUUGGGUCUGCACCAGGAUUCCCACAUGGUGUCAUUGAUCCUAUUGAAGAGCUUGGGGACUUGGCAUCUUGCCAUGGUGUUUGCUUGCACGUUGAUCUUUGCCUUGGUGGAUUUGUAUUGCCAUUUGCUAGAAAGCUUGGGUACCCAAUUCCACCUUUUGAUUUUUCCGUCAAAGGAGUUACGUCAAUCUCAGCAGAUGUUCACAAAUAUGGAUUAGGUCCAAAGGGCACCAGUGUAGUUCUGUACAGAAAUCAUGAAAUUAGAAAGAAUCAAUUUGUUGCUGUCACUGAAUGGUCGGGUGGGCUUUAUGUUUCUCCUACAAUUGCUGGAAGUAGACCUGGUGGAUUGAUAGCUGGAGCAUGGGCUGCAAUGAUGUCAUUGGGAUUGAAUGGAUACUUGGAAAAUACACGUCAGGUUAUGGAAGUAUCUAAGAAGAUACAGAAAGGGAUUGAAGAAAUUCCAGAACUAUUUAUCGUUGGAAAGCCUGACAUGACUGUAGUAGCAUUUGGUUCUGAUGUCAUAGACAUAUUUGAGGUCAACGAUAUUAUCUCUUCUAAAGGUUGGCAUUUGAAUGCUUUGCAAAGGCCGAACAGCCUUCACAUUUGUGUCACACUUCAACACGUUCCUGUUUAUGAAGCCUUCCUGAAUGAUUUGAGGGAGUCUGUUAAAAUUGUAAAACAAAAUCCUGGUCCAGUCAGCGGAGGGCUCGCUCCCAUGUAUGGUGCGGCAGGAAAGAUUCCUCAUAGAGGUUUGCUACAAGAAUUACUAAUAGAGUUCAUGGACGGUAGUUGCUAGCCCUGGUUAUAUGGCUUUAUUUGCUGCUUCUACCGAUUUUCCCAACACGCCUGCAUUUAUAUACACGUCCGGUCAUAGGAACUUUGGGGCAAUUUUCCAGUUGUUUUAUACGUGAUCAUUAUACACAAUCCUCGCAGAAGACGGACUAUAUUGAUUUGAAUAUUUGAUAAAAGGUUUGAUGAAUUAUAACAAGAAUUUCUUACAAAGAAAUCUUGUGACUGUGUUCAGAAUCCUUGUAUUGUAAUUAAAUUUAUGUUGGUGAAAAACCUGUCUACAUUUAA